GAACGCUACUUCGUGUCCCCGACGUUGCUUCGAGUGGUGCGCGUGGCGAAGGUGGGGCGAGUCCUGCGUCUAGUGAAGGGAGCCAAGGGCAUCCGAACGCUCCUCUUCGCCUUAGCCAUGUCCUUGCCCGCGCUCUUUAACAUCUGUCUGCUGCUCUUCUUGGUUGUAUUUAUCUUUGCAAUCUUCGGCAUGUCAUUCUUCAUGAACGUCAAACACACUGGGACCUUGGACUCUGUUUACAACUUCGAGACGUUCUUCCAGUCUUUCAUUUUGCUGUUCCAAAUGAUGACGUCAGCUGGGUGGGAUGGUGUACUUUCUGGCAUUAUCAAUGAGAGGGACUGCCGGCAGCCUGAUCCGGAGACCGGCGAUCCUGGUAACUGCGGUAACCAAGCCAUCGGUAUAGCCUACCUAAUGGCUUACCUGGUAAUGACCUUCCUCAUCAUUAUUAACAUGUACAUCGCUGUCAUCCUCGAAAAUUACUCCCAGGCAACAGAAGACGUGGAAGAAGGUCUCACGGACGAUGACUACGAUAUGUACUAUGAGAUCUGGCAGCAGUUCGAUCCUAAAGGCACACAGUUUAUCGAAUUCUCCACUCUCUCAGAAUUUUUGGACGUGUUAGAGCCUCCUCUUCAGAUUCACAAGCCAAACAAGUACAAAAUCGUGUCAAUGGAUAUCCCCAUUUGCAAAGGAGACCUUGUAUUCUGCGUUGAUAUCCUUGAUGCAUUGACUAAGGACUUCUUCGCUCGUAAAGGAAACCCAAUUGAAGACUCUGGGGAUAUAGGUGAAGUAGCACCUCCUACAGACAGGCCUGGUUACGAACCAGUGUCCUCAACGCUAUGGCGUCAACGUGAAGAAUACUGCGCUCGACUAAUACAACAAGCGUGGCGCAAACACCGGCAGCAUAAAGACCUCUCCUCACUCUCGGGAGCUGAUUCCCAAGAAGACUUCAAGCAAGCAGAUACCGCCGUCCUGGUGGAAAGUGAUGGAUAUAUAACAAAAAACGGCCAUAAGGUGGUGAUUCACUCGCGAUCACCAUCGUUGACGUCAAGGUCCACAGAUGUGUGACUGAAAAAGGCGAGUAAAUAAGUUGUUGCUUUUUAUCUACUAACAGGAGCCAGUUGUGAAUAGCCUUGCUGGAAGGUGGCUGGGGUAACGGUCGCCUGCCAGGUGAAAAGGCUUGGCUAAAGUUGUUGCUUUUUAUCUACUAAAAGGAGCCAGUUGUGAAGAGCUUUAUUGAAAGGCGAUUGGCACACAGUCGUUUGCUAAGUGAAAAAGCUCGACUAGAGGUCCCACAAGGCUCUGAUAUUAAAUAUAUAUCUACUAAUAGGAGCCAGUUGUGAAGAGCUUUAUUGAAAGGCGAUUGGCACACAGUCGUUUGCUUAGUGAAAAAGCUCGACUCGAGGUCCCACAAGGCUCUGAUAUUAAAUAUAUGUAAAUCCGCCGUUAACGAACAGUUAACCUCGUUGGUGUUGGCGGUUGGACCACUCUUGCUCGGGAACACUUCACUCCUAAUGCCUUGUUGUUUAAGUUUACAGUCCAACUGUCCUCAUCAGCUUCCCGAUCUUCGAGUGCCGCACCCUCUGUGCAGAUAUUACUGGCCUAAGUGAUUCACUAUAUGUUUAUUUUUGUAUUUAACAUUCUGAAUGAUUAUUAGGCCCUUAGUUACCCGUCUUGGUACUGCUGCUGGGUUCAAGCGAGACUGGGAAACAGUCUUCGCGACUCUCACUCGUAGCUGGCGCGGAGGUGACGAGAAGCCUGAUGACACUGCCACCCAUGGCCGCCCACACACGCCCACGCUCACAGUAUUGUUAACACCCGGUGUAUGAAGCACCGACAACACCACAUCCCAUCCCCGAGGACGGCCAGGGUGUGCACCAGACCGAGGCAGCAGAUGAGAAAGAAGUGGAGUUGUGGGUGGAAAGCCAUGCAGCGCCAUGAGGGGGUUUCAUCACAGAGGAAACUGUGUACAUAGUGCAGGGGGGCGGAGUGGUGCUCACUGAACCUACGUGAUAUGGAAAAUACCCUGGACAUGUGCAUUUUCCACCAGCAGAAGGACAUGUUCUUGACAAGUAUUAGAGAAUCUUCGAACUGCAUAAUUAACCAAGUUCAUGAACUGUGUGAUACACAAUGCCUUUACAGGAGUGCAUAAUGUAAAUAACGGGUGCACAGUAUGGUAGAAUCUGUUCGUUAGGCGUCUUCAUGGACAACCAGCCACCCGUCCUCCCCAGUCCUCAUCCUCUGCUCUUUCUCCUUCAACUCUUCCUUCACCUUGGCGCUCUGGUCUGUCCUUCAAUCUCAUCACACUCAGCCUCCCAUUCCAUCCGUUACUUCUUUUAUAAAUCAGCAUGCAACUUUGCCCAUUCUUUGCAUCAUUGCCCAUCCCUUUGUUUCAGCAUUCAUUUACCCUUUUUUCUUCGCUUGACUCUUCCUUUGUACGUGGAAGGCACUGCAUGAACGGCCUGCACUGAGCCAAUUCCCCUGGCGCAGUGCAGUCGGACCCUUCAGUGACCCAGUGACUGGCAUGCCUCUCUUAGGUUAGGCUGAGAUCACGGGCUCAAUCACAGGCUGCGGGAUUGGGCGAAGAAGGAGCAAUACUCAGUUCUAGGGAAAGCCUGCUUCAAUAACUUUGUUAAAUAAGGCAGAAUGGGUGAUUAUCUGUCCUCUGGGGGACGCAGCUUAUUAACAAAUGUAGUGUUGCUACAAUUAUCAUCAUUGAUAUUGUUAUUAUAAUUUUUAUUUAUAUCAUCAUUAUUAUUAUUCAUACUAUUAUUAAUAUUAUGAUUAUGCAUCCGAAAAUCUUUAUUAUCUAGACUACGACCCCUUAGACUUCCUGUAUUUCGACUCACUUGAUUCUCCAUCAACAUAAUUGCUCUUUUGCGUUUGUACGUUGACCUUAUCGCUGCCACCUUCACCAGUGCCUCGAGGGAGCCGCGAGGGUGAUACCGGUGCCAGGCGUCUCUCUCUUCCCCAAGCAGAGGCGCCGGCUGGAGGUUUUCUCCUUCGCCCGCCCCUCUUUCCACCCCCCUUGUAAGACUGACGGAUGAACAGACUCAUGGGACUUAGUUCUUGAAAGAUUAGUGGACUUAUGGACUUGUUCAGCUCCCCAGCUUUAGACUUGCAGCAGGUUGGUAAUAAGGUUUUCAACUUCAUCGCGCUUUUUUUAUACUUUCUUUCUUUUUCUAUGUACAUCCCGCCCCCUCCUCCCGUUUUCCUUUUCUUUAUCUUUUACUCCUGUAUCCCCUGUCCUAGUUCCUUAUCUUCUUCCAUUCCUGUAUUCCGAAACUUAUCUACAGUUAAGGAUGCCGUGUUGGCGAGUUAUUUUUGCAUUGUUGCGUCAUUUAUUCAUUAGUUGUCAUAGAGAUUUUAGUAGAUCACGUUUCAGAUGCAAUAUCUUGUGUUAGGAAAAAAGAAGCAUUGCUUAUUGACUACGUAAGAUAAACUGAUAUUGAUACACCAUUCUGUGCAUGAUAGGCGAAUAAAUAUAUGUAUAUUAAAGUAUGUAUUUAAGAAUUUAAUGUUGGCCAUAAAUUAGAAACUCAAUUCAGCUGCACGGAAAAACGUGAGAUGAAUAUACAGAGGUGUACAGCGUGCUGCGGCGGGGAAAGAUCCACCAGGAGUGCGGGCGAGCCAGGGCCGGGCGAGUCCUCUUCCCCCGCGGUGACGCCGCCUGGCUCCCCGCGCCUCCCGCUCCGCCCCGCCCCCCGCCGCCCCUCCACGCCACCUGCCGCCUCCACCAAGCACCACCACUGGCGUUUGGACAUCUCCAGCUGAUCGCUAGUGCUUCUACCACUCUGUUCCUACCUCUCGUCUUCAUGAUUGAAUAUUUGUUCAUUCUUCUCAAAAGUCACAGUUUAUUAUCAGGUAUAACUAAAAUUGCUGAAAAUCUUAUCUCCUGAGGAGUUACACUUAGAAUUUAGCUCUUAAGAAUUUUCUCUCAUAUUAGUACUCCAGGCUUGACUGUGCUGGCGCGAGUGGGCAUGGUGCCACUAUGGCAGCCAAUCAACGAGCGACUCUGUUUCCCUCCAGGGCGGCACGCCGCCCCUUGUUUGUAGUAGGUGAUGGUAGGUCAGUGCAGGCCCCUGAGGGCCUCGCUCUCAGUGUAUUGUCCACCGCUACACCGCUCGGCCAUCACACGGCACUCUGCCCUCUCGACCAUACAACAACGGCUUGUAACUGCAGACACUAACUUUUAAGAGACAGUGCUGUGAAACUCCUUCAGAUUUGUACAUCUCUUUGUUUGCAACAUGGAGUGCCCCACCGGAGCUCACGGCUCUCCACACCUCAUCCAUAUUCUACACUAAAUUAUUCUGCCGUUGUCGAUGGGGCACUCGCAAGCACUCGGUUAUCAUUCCUUUGGUUAAUAUCCACUUGUGAAACCAAUUAUGUAAUAUUCAAACUGUUAUAUUCUUGAUAAACAAAUUUGUUUUCUAUUCUCAAGUUUGCAAUGAGAUGUAAUAGUUUAAAGCUACGCCCUUUUGUAAGUUAACCCGCGGAGAGCAAGGGAGACUCGCAGAGGUGGCGGCACCUGCUAAACCUGUUCAUACGUGUAGUAGGUCUGCCACCCGCAGUUCUCGCAAAGUAAUGUAAAAGAGAGUAAAGAUCAACGCAACGUCUUUACUUCCUCGAAUCAUUACGUGCAGCGUCGAGGUGAGGAACACUCCAGGCACCGUGUGACCGACUCACACACCGUCCCUCACGUACAGGCCGGUCAAGGCGUCGCGCUCAGGUGCCACGCUUCGACACUCACGGCUUGCUUCUGGGAGGCACUUGUGAUAAACUCUGCGCAUGCGUGAUUAAAUGCAUACAUACAUACAGACAUGUAUAUUCGUAUGUAUAUGUAUAUAUAUACUUAUACAUGUGUGUGUGUAUGUGCGUGUGUGUGUGUGUGUGUGUGUGUGUGUGUGUGUAUGCGUGCGAGCAUGUAUGUCCGUGAGAGGCGAUAGAAAUUAAACAGAUAAAGGAAUAGACAUAUAUUAAAGUAGUAAGUGUUCAGUUAUCUCUGAAAUAUCCAUACAGUCACCAAACCAGUUGGAGGGAAAGCAGAGAGAGUAUUACCAUAUACUUCAGUGAUUCAAAUAAUAAAAAAGAAAGACCGAAAAUAGAUAAAAAAAAAAGUUCUUGCCAGCCAGACACUCAAAAGGAACCCCCAAGCAGUGCCCUUCUCCCCCUCCCCCCUCCCUCCCUGGACCCGACCUCUUGGGCGCGAGAGGGGAAGCCAGGAGGACCGGGAACGCUGCUGGUUCGGCUCCUUGUUCAUGUCGACCAGAUGGCUCGUGCUGGUCACCACUGUCAGUGUCAGCUGGACUGUUGUCGCUGUGUUACGCAUUGCCAAUCACUAGUCGAUUGUAUGCUUCGUGAAUGCUAGUUUAAGUCGUGGUUGAGCGAGGGAAAUUCAAAUCCACAAGAGGACAUUAAAAUUAGUCUACAAGACACCACGCCAAGGACGCUUUGGUAGUGGGAGGCACCGACUCGAGGAGCGGAGAUUGCUAGAUGCUUGUACUAGUACCCUGCACAACACUCACUCAGCGCGUUAUUAUGAAAAAAAUUAAGCUCUGAAGGUUUUCCUCACCCAAAGACUUUUAAAAAGUUCUCGUAGUUUGUUUAGGAAAAAAAGAAAAAAAAUGUUCUUCAUAUACUCAGUAAUGUACCAACGAUGACCAUGUGUGAGAGCUAUGUGUUAAUGCCUCCUGGCCCUGGCAUCUCGAGUGUUUGCAUCAUCUGACGUGCCAUUUUCACUGUUGUGUAGUUACUGACAUACCAGGGACACUGUUAUGUAGCUGAUAUGCUAGGUAUAAAUUGUAAAGAGUUGCACUGUUGUAUAGUUAAUUACUUACAUCAAGUAAAUGAACUAAGAUUUUAAAAAGUGUUUAAUAAAAUACCGUUAAGAAAGUAGCACUCGACUAACCCUAGUUAAAAAAAAGUAUCAACAUAUCAUUUUCUUGUUAUCAUUUCCAUUAUUCUGUAGACAUAUACCGAACAAAGCCUAAAGUAUGAACUAAAUUCGUUGCAAACAUAAAGGUAGUUUUUAAACUCAAGAAUAUGCUAGUUUCCCUUACCUAGAGUACCGAUAGAAAUGUCAAUGGACCAGAUUUUAUUCACUUUUCUUAGUAUUUCUAGCAUAUCGGAUACAUUGCAGAUAUAGUCAUGUUAAAACAUGUCAGAUGUACUGCUGUGUUGUACCAGCCCACUAAAGUAUGCUGUUAUUAUAUGCUGAUACCUAGUGCGUUGUGAUAUUCAGUUCCCACGUCAGAUGCUAUCGUGUCUGAGCAAUUCACAAAAUAAUACUCCCAAUUGUCUCUUUCUCUCUUUCUCUCUCUCUCUCUCUCUCUCUCUCUCUCUCUCUCUCUCU